AUGUCUCCCAGCCCUAUCUAUCUCGGCGUUGUUGGUGUCGGUGGUGUUGGAACUGCCUUCCUCUCCCAGCUCGCCCGUUUCCCCAACCCUCCUAAGCUUGUCCUCCUUGCUCGUUCCUCCCAGACCGUCCUCGCUCCGACACCGGCAUACUCGAACAUCCCCGCGGUCGACUGGGCUACCGCUGCUGCCACCCCCUCCGUGACCAAGACCGGCGCCCUUCCCGCGGAGGAGAUCGCUACCUACCUUGCCUCUGCUCCUGGACGUGCAAUCCUGGUUGACAACACCUCCGACAUCAACCUGGCCAAGUCCUACCCCACAUUCUUGAAGAAGGGUAUCUCAGUCGUCACCCCCAACAAGAAGGGCUUUUCCGACGACCUUUCUCUGUGGAAGGACAUCUUCUCCUCCGCUGCUGAGGGCAACGCUCACGUUUACCAUGAGAGCACCGUCGGUGCCGGUCUGCCCGUCCUCUCGACCCUGAAGGACCUUGUCGCGACUGGUGACGAGGUCACCCGCAUUGAAGGUGUCUUCUCGGGUACUCUGUCCUUCCUGUUCAACACCUUUGCCCCUGCAUCCGGCCCCUCCAACGCCCAAUGGAGCGCUGUUGUCGCCCAGGCCAAGGAGCUCGGUUACACCGAGCCCGACCCCCGUGAUGAUCUGAACGGAAUGGACGUUGCCCGCAAGCUGACCAUUCUGGCCCGUCUGGCUGGGUUGGAAGUUUCCCGCCCGGACUCUUUCCCUAUUGAAUCUCUUAUUCCGGAGGCGCUGGCCUCUCUGCCUUCUUCCGCUGAUGGUAUCACCGAGUUCAUGACCCGUCUUCCUGAAUUCGAUUCUCAGAUGGCCAACAUCAAGGACUCUGCGGAGAAGGAGGGUAAGGUCGUUCGUUAUGUCGGUAGCAUCGAUGUUUCCAACAAAGCCGUCAAGGUUGGACUGCAGUACUUCGACAAGGACAGCGCCAUCGCUGGUCUGAAGGGUAGCGAUAACAUCAUCAGCUUCUACACCAAGCGAUACGGUUCCAACCCCCUGAUUGUCCAGGGUGCCGGUGCUGGUGGUGAUGUCACUGCCAUGGGUGUUGCCGCCGAUCUGAUCAAGGUCAUGGACCGUCUUCAGUAA